CCCCCCCGCCCCGCGCCGCUUGGGCAGUGAAGUCACAGGCAGCAGGAGGAGCUGGCUGGCUGUAUGUGUGUGUGCAGAGCUCCUUGGCCGCCCUGUUUCCUGGUGCUCUGCUCCCUGACCCCAGUGGCAGCCCCUUCUCACUGCACGGCUCUGCUCUCCCCCUUCUUUGCUCUCGCUCGCUCUCCCCUCUGUCUCUCUCGCUCGCUCUCUCUCCCAGAUCGAGGCUCCGCUCUCAUUCUUUCUCUCGGUGUCUCUCAUUUCCACUCUCCAGCCAGCCGGGGGACCCUCAGGGUCGAAGGUUUUGCCCUGCUUACACCAACCUCCACCUUCCAGCCUUUCUCUUAACCAGCUCUCUCAACUCCCCCCUGGAUCGGUUCCUCUCCCAGCACUGAAGGCAUCCCUAGGACACACCGCAGCAGCCAGAAAAAGAAAGAACUCUGUUGUGUUGAUGAGGAGAUCCUUGGGUUCAGAACUUGGCUGGAACACAAUGCCCACCGCCAUUCUUGGCUCUGGAAAGUUGUAAAUUGCUCAUGUCUAUAAGGAGGAAGGAUGGCUCAUGGAAUUCCUUCACAAGGCAAAGUUACCAUAACAGUGGAUGAAUACAGCUCAAAUCCAACCCAGGCAUUUACACACUACAACAUCAACCAGAGCAGGUUCCAGCCUCCACAUGUACAUAUGGUCGACCCUAUCCCAUAUGACACUCCAAAACCAACGGGCCACACGCGAUUUGUCUGCGUCUCAGACACACACUCCAGAACAGAUGGCAUCCAGAUGCCUUAUGGGGACAUCCUUCUCCACACAGGCGAUUUCACCGAGCUGGGACUGCCCUCCGAGGUUAAGAAGUUUAAUGACUGGUUAGGAAGCCUGCCAUAUGAAUAUAAAAUAGUGAUUGCUGGGAAUCAUGAACUGACAUUUGAUAAGGAAUUCAUGGCAGACCUUGUUAAACAGGAUUACUACCGCUUUCCCUCUGUGUCCAAAUUGAAACCAGAGGACUUUGACAAUGUUCAGUCACUCCUGACAAACAGUAUUUACUUGCAAGAUUCAGAGGUAACAGUUAAAGGAUUCAGAAUAUACGGUGCCCCAUGGACACCAUGGUUUAAUGGAUGGGGCUUUAACCUACCCAGAGGUCAGUCUUUGCUGGACAAGUGGAACCUUAUUCCUGAGGGCAUUGAUAUACUAAUGACACAUGGACCUCCUCUUGGUUUUCGAGACUGGGUUCCAAAGGAGCUGCAGAGAGUUGGCUGUGUGGAACUGUUGAACACUGUGCAAAGGCGAGUAAGGCCCAAACUCCAUGUCUUUGGUGGAAUUCAUGAAGGUUAUGGCAUUAUGACAGACGGUUACACAACGUACAUCAAUGCCUCAACAUGUACAGUCAGCUUUCAACCAACCAAUCCUCCAAUUAUAUUUGACCUUCCAACCCCUCAAGGAUCAUGAAGCACUACUGCACAGUUAAAUGGGGAAGGUCUAUAAACUGCCAUUUUCUAAUUAUAAAACUUACAUUCUCUUACAUGUUUAUUUCCAAAAUUAUGUGAGUUUUUUGGUAAAUUGCUG